UCAUAAAAUGGAUGCGCCCACGUCUGCGGAUGUGGCUUGUUAUUAAUCUUGCUUGUUUAGUUUGCUGUUACCAUCAUGCCCAUUACUCAGUCAGUUUAAGAUAAUGGAAAUAAAGUCUUCAAUCUAAAGAGAAUGGACCAAAGAAAUUUAGACAACAUCAUCUUCACUCACGGACAGUCGAUAAAUAGAGAUGGCACAUUGCCGGCUUUUCCUAGACUGGAGGGGGACGGAAAGGAAAAUGCCUUUAGCUCCAGUGAACCUGCUGGAAUCCCAACAGCCAUGCCCCGCCUGGCCCGGCCGGCCUUCUUCGAUGGCAAAAGUCGGAAUUCCACCGAUGUGGCCCUCGCGGAGCGGAAUCGGCAGCGGGAUAUCGGGCCUCAGUCCCCGGGACCUCUAGGCAGUGGCUGCUCGGUCUUUGGGAGUGGGCAGCGGGACGUUUGUGCCCAGCUGGAGGAGGCUAUCAAGGAGAAAGAGAAGCUGAAAAAACAGUUGUCCAGGGUGGAGACAGAGGUGAGAGAACUGAGGGAGGAUCAGACAGCGAUGGUGUCAGAAGCGGCCGUUCAAAAUCAGGUCAACAAAGAUUUGAAGAAACUCCUGGUCGCGUCCAUGGGGGCAGAUCUACAGGCCCAGCUGGAGCACCUGUCCACUGAGCGCGCUCAGCUCGCGCAAGACCUGGAGAACACGAUAGCAACACUGGCAGAGGAGCGCGAAACCCUUGAGAGGGUCAACAUUCAGUGCGACGUUUGGAGGAGUAAAUUCCUGGGCAGCAGAUUGCAGGUGGAUGAAGCUGUGUCCUCCCGCACCCGUCUAAAUAUGGUCCUGCAAGAGGCCUGCUUUGCACUCGGCAAAAUCUUGGAAGAGCGGGAUGAGAUCAGAACCCACAUGAUGCAGACACAAAGGCUACUCCACUAUCUCUCCAAUGCUCUUCAGAGGACACACAGCCUCUCUGAGGACAUCAAGCCCUCUAGUAACGUCCUCACCUUGGCCUUACUCAACGAGCAGGUGGCCACCAUCGUCUCCAAACACCUGUUGGGGGACGUGGGGCACUCACAGGACAAGACCGCCUCCCAGUUUGACUUCGUGGAGUGGACCUCAGCCGAGAUGCUGGCAAAAGAUAUUCUCUUGAACCGUCAACCAGCCUUGAAACUGGAACAGUUGCAUACGUUUCCGUCAUCAGCGUCGACAACGUUAAUGCCACCGUCGUCAUCGUCACCGCCAUCAGCAACGGCAGCUGCUGCGACGGGACUUGUGACCAAGACGAAUAUGGCACACCGCUUCCAUCCGCAGACCAAGUACGAGAACCUGACCAUAAACUGUUGUAAAUACUGCACCGGCGACAUUAAACUGGUAUGACGGAUCAUCAUAGCCCGGCAAGCAGGGUGUAACAGCUGUGGAACACUUUACAGACUGCGUAUUUCGCGCUCUGUAAGAACAGCAUGGUAAUUGUUACUUGCCCUAGGAGAGUAGGUUUUCAUUUAAUUUAUUCGUCAAGCUAAGUUCACUUUGCACAGUAUUUUUAUUUUGUAUUUUUAUGCCCCGGCCCCCUCUACUCUCGCAUUUCCCAAAGACCAAGCUGCGCAUUUUCACGUUACAGGCAGGAACAUCUUUCUGAUUCUGGGCUCCAUGCCUGAGCAAGAGGUGAUGCUUCCUGACCUAGCAACAGUGUCCUUUGGGGUGCACACAGACCACUUGUGGACGUUGGACACUUUUGCUGUCACAAUGCUCUCCUUUACCGUAAUAAAUUUUCGAGCAGUUUAAGGUUUUUUAAAGCUCCGAUCUCACUCCCCAUUCCAGUGUUCUGUGUCCAUUUUCAGUUGGAAAAAAUUGUAUCUUAGUUUCAAUAUGUCAUGUUUUUGUCUCAUCGUUGGCAGGACUUUCAAGAUGGAUGAUCACAUAAUGCAAGUAGAAACAGGUGUAACAUUCACAUUCCAUGACCUUACGGAUCACGGAAACAAAAUAAGCGACAAAAAAUAACAUUGUGAGAUCUCACCACACUACUAAAAUCAAAGUCGAAUAUCAAGUCACGUAAGCACUUUGUGUGUAAUUGGUUAAAAACUUGACCCUUGAACCCUUGAUAAUUCCUUUAGGCAUGGUCAUGCGAACAGAUUUCAAGUUAUUUCCUCCUGGCCGGCAUAUCAGUACUUAGCAGCACACCAGGUAUUGACCUCUGAACCCAUCAGCUAUCUCUGCUUCCAGAUAUGCUCAUUGCAUUGGUAAUGCGUGUUUAUAUGAUAUGUGCAGACUUAAGCCUCGGGGGUGGGGGAAAAACAGUAUCAUGUGAGUUGACUCUCAGUGGCCUGCGUUUUGUCAUGUGCAGUGUUUAACCAGUCCACUUCCUUCGAACAAUUUCCUGCUUGUCUUGGCACUGAACUGAACAUGCAUACAUGGACUUGUCUGUAUUCUGCGCCUGCAAAGAUACACAGUCACAUUUUCGGAAGUGUAUCGAUCGACGGUUGUGUUUUGUUUCCAGUUUCACUUUGCAAAAGCCACUGACGUGACUGCGUCAAUGUGAAACACUUUACAUUUAAACGGCAGAAACAACAAACGGUGGAGCAGUGUUGCAAAUACAGUCAGUCACAAAUCGGGAGAUUUCUUACUUUCAUGAGUAAUGAUUACGAAAGUGUGCCUUUUCAAAAGGUGUGUGACCAGAUUGUUUUUAUUCCGAACUACAGAGCGGUGUUUGGGAAACUGCGCCUCUCAAACUUCACCAGCUUCCAGUUUGUUUAAAUAAACGGUUGAGAGCUCUGCCUGUCUUCGGUGAAACAUUACGAUGUUCAACAACUCGCAAUUAUCUAGCAUAUACCAGGAAGCCUAGAAGCUUACUCUGAAAAUUUUUCAGUUUACCCACACAUAUACUAAACCCCUACUCUGGAUAAAAACACAAAUCACCUGGAUCAUUCACUGCUUGGCUACCAAACUUGGCUAUGGCAUACGUUUGUUGACCUUGUAAAUGUAAUAAUCUCUCGAGGUUCAGGCCAUGCACCUAUUUUUAUCUUGAGCACACUGUUGACAGGGUUCAGUAGGUCCGAAGCUGUGACAGGUUUUCAUUUCAUAUCCACUUCCUCUCGUAUUGUUCUGUUUCAGUUUCUUUUCGAGGUCACAUGAUACAGCGUAUCUGCACAUAUAUUUUGUUGUAAGGAAGCAUCAUCAUGUUGUAGGUGAAAAAGCAUUUUAAGCUAGUGGUGAAAAGUAUUCCUUAAAUAGGACUUUGUCAGCACCUGCGAGAAAAUCUAAAGUUCUGAGUUUGGUGUGAAACGGAGUAUUUGUGACAAGACCACUUGAAGUUGAAUUUUAUCACAUCAAGGUGACUCAAAGGAGAAAAAAUAUUCUGUAGAAAGCUAUUGUAGUUCCAGGCAGUGUAAGUUUAUGAGAUAUGCACUGCUCAUAUGUCUAUUGGAGUCAUUUUCUAGAUGACAGUUUGUAGUCCCCGGUCCGGUUUUUACGGUGGGACAGAAACACUUUAGAUUGCUCUCUCAUAAUUUUGAAGUGGUUUCUGAGAGUUUGAUGCUUUUGAAUCAGAAUGAUCUAUAUGUGUAAUACUGUUUUCGUAAAGAGUCCACAUUAUAAAGUUCUAAGGAUUAUACCCAUGUACAUGACAUCUUGACAUCUAACAGACAAUCAAAUGCGCUACUUGUUUGUGUUAUGUGCCAUGUCAGGGACCAGAGAGUGGUAGAUCAUUUGGUCGGAAGUUGCCUGGUUUUAUUUCUUCAUUUUCUUGUAUAUCGUAACCGUUGUGUAUAUAGUAACAUUUCAAGGCAAUAAUAAAUGAAAUUUUACACAAAACUUAGACGUAUCAAAGAAGCGUACUUUUUCAUGUCUGUGAACAAAUGACUAUUGAGCCAUUUCAAUUUUGUGACGUGUUUGUGUACCGUCAUUUGUAAG